AUGACAUCAUCACACAUUCAUAAUAUGAAAUAAAAACAAACACGUGGCCACAAUAUACAGUAUGUCACAUAUCACCUUUAAACAUCCAGCGACGUAUCAUGAACAGCCAUUUGUAGGAAAAUAUGAAAUGUUGCGUGGGAAACAUAAACAACAAUAAAUUUAGCUAGUGAAAGAUAAAUAGAGUGAAACACAUAAAGCUUAGAGAGUCACAUUUGGCCAAUGAAGCUGAUUCUGAUUAAUUAUAACUUCUUUAUAUACUGUAAUCUAUAUAAUCUAUAAUAAUACAUCAUAAUUAUUUGUUGAUUAUAUUUUGUAUUAAAAAUCUGAUUCUGCAAAGUGACUAGUAACAAAUAAAGGUAGUGGAGUAAAAAGCACAAUAUUUGCCUCCGCAAUGUACCCAAGUACAGUACUUGAGUAAAUGUAUUGAAGUGUAUUUCAUGUUAUUUACUGUAGUACUGCAGUACUCCUCCUGUCCUAUAGGUGGCGUUAGCGCACCACAACGCUGUUUGCCAACCGCCAUAUAAACCUAAAAGAAGUUACGCCAUUUAAUCACAGAGCACUAAGAUGUCACGUAACGGGAAGGUGUAAAAUGUGUACAUUUUUACAUGGACUUCUGCACCAGAAGAGUUAUGACAAGUUUGAUACAUGCUCACUUUGUUGCAGUUCGUCUCGUUAGUAGCUAUUAGUGGAUGGAAAUGAGUUAAACACAGCAGUAAAGAGCUGCUGCUCGCUAAACGGCAGACGCUAGAGAUAGACUGAAUCAAUCUGUUUCUCUGUAAAUUAUAAUGUUUCCUGGAUUAACUUGAUCCAAGCAGCCCUAAAGCCAACCAUGCCUCCAAAGAGCUGGGCUGCUAGAGUCGCCUCGAAGAUCGGGACCACGAAAGACAGACUAUCAAACGCGAAGGAUGGAUCAUAAUGUUGAAACGGGACUGCAGACUGAGCCGUCCGUUCAGAGCCAGCGUCCUCAUCGACUUCCUGUGUGGAUUUCCCUCCUACAUGCUCCACCAGUCAGUUUGGACACGUAGCUGUUAGGACUGACUGAUCGAUAUUAGAGAGACACUGUAUCUCCAAAUCAUGUCCAGGUCCAGUCGGCGGUACAAGCCUCUGCAGCAGAGCAACGGCAGCGGCUCUUUCCCCGGCUGUGACCGGGUGCGGAUGUUCCGGGCCCGGGUACUGCUGCUCUGUCUCCUCGGGGUUCUGGUGCUGGCGGUGGUGCUGGGAGUCUACCUGUCCAACGACACCACCAAUGAACAUGUGAACCGCAUGCCGGCCGCAGAUCUGUCCAAAGACAGGUUGUCCCACAAACCCAGUAAGUGCUCCCCGGCUCAAAUCCGGCGUCUGGCCUCUCAGGUGGACGGUACUCGCCUGUGGGAGACUCACCUGAGGCCCAUCCUAAUAGAGAGACUCCCAGGGACACAAGGCAGCCUGGUUGUACAGCAGCACAUCACCUCCACUCUGUCUUCGCUGUCUGCUGGCUGGGCCAUAGACUUAGACUCCUUCCAGUCUUCGACCCCUCAUGGCCAGGUCACGUUCACCAACAUCGUUGCCACUCUGGACCCUUCGGCCCCUCGCAGGCUGCUCCUGGCCUGCCACUACGACUCCAAGGCUCUGCCUCCAGACCCCCGGGCCCCGGAGAAGGUGUUUCUUGGAGCCAGUGACUCUGCAGUGCCCUGUGCUGUGAUCCUGGAGCUUGCCACCUCUCUGGAUGCCCAGCUUAGAUCAUUCAAACAGCAGAAACUUCCAGUGUCUCUUCAGCUGGUGUUUUUUGAUGGGGAGGAGUCAUUUGAAGAAUGGACCGCCACAGACUCGCUGUACGGCUCCCGUCACCUGGCCGAGCGCAUGGCCAACACGCCUCACCCCGCAGGCUCCACGCACACCACCAUGCUCCAGGCUGUGGACCUCUUUGUGCUGCUAGACCUGCUUGGCGGUCCUGAUCCACUGAUUGCGAAUCACUUUGAUAACACGGCACGCUGGUUUGACCGUCUCAUUGCUGCAGAGAAGAGACUCCACCGACAGGGCCUUCUGACGUCUCACCCCUCAGAGCAGACGUAUUUUAGGAAGGAUGUGUACUUUGGCCCUGUACAGGAUGACCACAUCCCCUUCCUUCACAAAGGCGUCCCUGUGCUGCAUGUCAUCGCCACUCCCUUCCCACAGUUCUGGCACACGCUGGACGACACAGAGGAGAACAUGCACCGUCCCACUGUGGUGAACCUGACCAAGAUCAUGGCUGUGUUUCUGGCAGAAUACCUGGGCUUCUGAACACCAAACACUGACAGCUACUUGUGGUGGAUGUCCAACGCAGCUGUCACAUGAAGACCCUGUACUGGAGUACUAGUGCUGUUUGUCACGCUGAUGACAAAUAAUCGCAGAAUGACUAUGGAUUGGACCCGAACCUGGUGAAAUGAACAAAACUGUACAGUUAUCAGUGUACGGGGAUACCAGAUAAAAUGUUACCAAAGACCCUGCUGGACUGACUAGUCCACCUUACGUGAGGGACGAGUUGGAGACCCCUGUCUAAACUGCGUGGAAAUGUGAUGUGGAUAGAAAGAGUCUUAAUUAAAGUGUUAAUAGUUCUGGGAUCAUGGUACCGGAGGAACAGUUAGAAAAGUCUGUGAAUUAUUUUUUUGCUUCAAUCCUGUGAAAAAAAAAUCAUAGCUGUAGCAUUUAUUUACCUCGUUAAUAUGAUCGAGAUGUACUCAUGUCUUCUUAAAGACAGACUUUGUAACCAGUUGAGCUCUCUGAGCUGCUGGGAACAACAUGUAGUGACAAUGGUGAACGACAGCCAACCUGGCUAUAUCUGUGAAUAAUCCUAUUGACUUCACUUGAGUGAGGAUCCUCUUGGCCUUACAACCUGCUGUUAUUAGCUGCUAGCUAUAUUAUAUGGCUACACUGCACAUUUUGUGUCAACAAAAGGGUGUCCUGAAGAGUCUGCAAUAAAGUUAAAAUGGUUUAA